CGGUGCUAGCUAAUGAGCUAGGCGCAUGGUGCCCACGCCUAGCCACGGCUUUUACGUGCAGCUCGCAGGCAUGGGCUCAGGAAAUGUGUUAAGAGUUCAGGUUAGCGAGCCAGUACAAACAGCACAUUGCAUUACUCCACCUGGUUUUCACUUAUGUUUACAUGUUAACUUGUUAGCUCGUCAAAUUAGCUUUUAGUGAAGAUAUGAAAUUACUCUUCAUUGCCUGCCUCAGCCCCAAAACUGGGAACCACACUACAGCUGAGCGAAUAAGGUCCCACAUUGAGUCAGCAGGACACACGUGUGAGCUGAGAGAUGCUGCAGAGUUUCAGUCUCCUGCUCAGGUGGCAAACUUAGUGUCUGCAAAUCCACCAUUCGAGGCUGCACUGGCCAUUCAUCUGUUCAGAGCAGGCAGACUCCUCUUAGACAUCCACGUACCCUUUGGCGUUAUCUUUGGCGGAACAGACAUAAAUGAAGAUGUGAAAGUUGAGCAGAAGCGUGUGGUUAUGGAGCAGGUGCUGCUGAAAGCCAGGUUUGCGGUUGCAUUUACUGACAAACUGAAAGAAGAGGCCGAGUUAUUUUUGGUUUCCCAGAGCAGUAAAAUUUAUGUCCAGCCUCAAGGUAUCCAGACGGAGGUGACUGAGAAGUUCUGCUGGGCUGAGUUCUUGAGGAGUUCAGGUGUAAGCAGCGAGCAUGCGGAUGAGCUGCGUGUCUUCCUGCUGGUCUGCGGCCUCAGAAGAGUCAAGGACCCUCUCUAUCUGCUCAAGGUUUUUUCAGAGUGGCACCGCGAGAAUCCGCUGAAUGUGUUUGUCAUUAUCGGGCCGAAGAUUGAUCCCGUACUUACUGUUGAAGUGGAAGCUGUCGUUCAAAGAACAGCAGGGGUCUUCUUGGCCCAGGAGAGGAGCCAACAGGAGCUUCAUGCAGCGAUGAAAAGGUGCUUCGCUGUGGUCAACAGCUCCGUCUCGGAGGGCAUGUCAGCAGCCAUCUUGGAGGCCAUGGAUCUCGAGGUACCCGUGUUAGCCAGGGACAUUCCAGGAAACGCAGCCGUGGUGCAGCACGAGUCCACCGGCCUGCUGUACUCGUCUCCUCAGGAAUUUGUGCAUCAGUCUCAGAGGCUGGUGUCAGAUCAUGAGCUGAGAGAGAGGGUGGUGAGGAACGGAAAACUCUACGUGGAAGAGCAUCACAGCCUGAAACAGGAGAGAGAAACCUACCGGCGGCUGGUCGACACUCUGCUCUGAAUGUGAGGUGACAGUGUUCAGCCCCACUCUGUGUACUUUCUCAGGGACUUCAGAGAACAGAGCAUUACAUUUAUUUACCUAACAUAUCGCAGGUGUCUUUGUUCGCACCCUUUUAAGAAAAAUCAGCCUGCAAAGGUGUCUGUACAAAAUAAUCCUCUUUUAUCUGCACUGCCUGAUUGAAAUUAUGCUGCAGAGCACUUUGAACCAAAGCUAGAGAGUAGAAAUGCUUGUUUGUCUUGUUAAUAUAUUUUAUGUAUUUGAAAUUGAUGAUGUCUUGUUGUAUAUGGUUUGGUUUAAAUAUGCAAAGAUGGGCUCUCUGUUCAUUCAUUGUAAUUAAUAAAAGAGGAAAAUAACA